CGGGCCGUAGUACGUCUCCUGAGCCACCGUAGAAUCAAAACGGCGCAUAUGCUCAGCAUUCAAAUGAUUCUCGUGUUGUCCUGCUAAAAAACAUCUUUAGUCUUAAGGAGCAAGGAAAGUGUCACAAUGUCUGUCCAAACAACAAAUGCCAGCAACCCGAUUGUCUUCUUUGACAUAACCAUCGGAGGACAGGAUGUUGGACGGAUGAAGAUUGAGUUGUUUGCCGAUGUGGUUCCAAAGACAGCAGAGAACUUCCGGCAGUUCUGCACUGGAGAGUUCAAGAAGGAUGGAAUCCCUAUUGGUUUCAAAGGUUGCCUCUUCCACAGGGUGAUCAAAGACUUCAUGAUUCAAGGAGGGGACUUUGUAAAUGGUGAUGGAACUGGCAUCUGCAGCAUCUACAGAGGUCCAUUUGCAGAUGAAAACUUCCGAAUGAAGCACAGUGCGCCUGGUCUUCUCUCCAUGGCAAACAGUGGGCCAGGGACGAAUGGUUGUCAGUUUUUCCUCACCUGCACUAAAUGCGACUGGCUAGAUGGGAAGCAUGUUGUUUUUGGCAAAGUGGUCGAUGGUUUGCUGAUCAUGAGAAAAAUUGAGAAUGUUACUACAGGACCAAACAACAAGCCCAAGCUGCCCAUCCUCAUUGGACAGUGUGGAGAGAUGUGAUCCAGCGGGAACUACACAGUCUCUGUACACAUGAAGGAGCGUCUCAUAGUCACUGGAUUGUCCUCAGCUAACAUCAAACCAUACAGGCUUUCUUUGCCUCAGCCUUCUCCUAUAAUGCAUGUUGAAGAACAGGAUUUCAGCAGUACAUUAUAAUGGCAUUUCUUUUUUAAUACACAUGAUUCCAGGUUAAGACUUGCUUAACAUAAGGGUUUGACAUUUAUUUUGCAAAACUUUAUGCUCAACACUGUUUUUCCCAGUCCAAACAGAGACAAUCUUUGCAUCUUGUUAUAAAAAGACAGAUAAGAAAAUGUGACUGAAGCCUAAAGGAAUACUUGCCCCACAUGUGAAACGUUCAAAUUCUUAUCUCAGUCUCACGGUGUAUCAUUUAUGAUCAAUAAAUUGUUUUACAUUUUUAUAAACCA